AUGAAGCCACCACCGGAACCACCAGGCGACCAUGCCCCCACUGAGAGACGACCGAGCUCUGCAACGACACCCAUCGCUGCAAGAAGGACAAAAGACGGUCAAGACCGGAGUACCGCGAUACGAUCUGAAGCGAAAGAAGGGCAGUUCGAUCCUGCUGCGCGAGGACGCGCCUCGCUCUGCUCGGCAAGAUAA